ACUCCCCGGGCUUAUGUAGAUGGGCGUGGCCACUACCAAGAUCAAGCUACAUGAGCUAGCUAGCUAGCUGUGUCAGAUUGUCCUGAUCCUGUGCCUGAAUAGCCUAUGAGCAUGGAGGGCAAGUUAGACCAUCCAGGUAGUGGAGGCCAUGGACUGAAGGUCCUCUCCAACCUCAAGAAGCAUCUCUUUGAUAUUUCAGACUCAUCAAGCCACAAGUCCAGCGUCAUGUCGAGUCGAGAAAUAUGUGCAUCUUUCGUUGAUUUAUCAGAGUCUGUCUGCGUUGCUGCUCAGAAACCAAACUCUGGGCAGCUGCUCUCACAAACUGUGGAGCUACUGGUGCAUGCCUGCUCCAGCUCUGAUCAGCAUAUUCGAUUGGCCGCUUCAGAAAAUCUCAAGAAACUUAUAAAAGUUCUAAUGUUCUCCCAUCUGUCUCGCAUUCAGCAAGACUUGUUCCACGAAUUGAAGAAGAAUGGGACGUCUCGCUCUCUGUGUGUGGCCCUGGACUGUUUUGCUGACUUGUUCCCCCUCACACGCCCGGCUAAGGCGAGCAGCUACGCUCAAGGUCUCCUACCCAUCGUGGUGCGACUCACCAACAGGAAGGAGGAGGGUCUCCAUGAGGCACUGCAGGGAGCACUGGCCAAGAUACUGCCCACCAUGACCCCCUUCUUAUCAACAACCAACUUGCAGUUUCUGAUGACUGGUCUGGUGAACCGACUGCCCACUGGUGCCCCCACCUAUCGGAGGAUGGCCUCCUCUGCCCUCGUGGCCAUUGUGCUCAACUGCAAGGCACCUGACACACAGGCAGAGUGGCUCAUCAAUAAACUUCUCGAUUUAGGCUGUCAUCAUCGAGCCAAGAGUGAGAUAGCACAGGGAGUGUUGCUUGUUCUACAACAGCUGUUCACCAACAUGACCACCAUCACACCUCCACUGGACACUCUGAAACAGGCAUACUGUUUCCUGGUGAGUUGCUUGCUGUACCGUGAGCCCAACACCAUCAUAUCAGCUCUGGAGUCUCUACAUCAGCUCCUCCUAUCAGCCACACCAACUUUCACCGUCUGGCUCACCACAUCCCAGUCAAACGCACAGGUGGCUGUGGACUACUGGGUCGAUGACUCAUCCAGCUGUGGCACUCCAACUGACACUCACUCACUUGGAGAUUCUCAGGUACUAGAGACUAUGUGUGACAGCUAUUUUGAAAGAGAAGACAUCACUCUGAGUUACCCUGAGGAGUCCAGCAACACUGGGAUGCCGUCCACAGGGCUCUCCAAUGUGGUGGUGCAUUCCCCCUCCUCUGAGAAUGAAACCACUCCUAUUGUGGGUGUGGUCAAGGUGGUGGUGACUUCUUGUCUAGCGGUCAAAGAGGGGUCAGAGGUCGUAUUACAGAGUCUCAUUCAGUACUUGGUGGACACCGUGCUGAAGAAUGGACGAGUGAGUGCCCAGAGUCUGGGCCUGGCGUGCAUUACAGCUGCUGUGGACCUGGCACCCUCAGUCCUUCUCUCCCUCGAUCUUCUCAUUCCCUUCACUACCGCGGGGGACCCCAAACUCAGGAACAGAGCUGUCAAGCUCUUGGCGACGGUGAUAUCAGCUCAGCUGCGGCGUUACCAUGGAGAUAUGUCCCAGUGCCCCCCUCUGGUGAAGACUUGCUGUGAGCUCUUGGUCACCAUGUUGGAUGAUGACACGUCAGUCGUACUCAAGGCUGUGUGUGAGGCCCUGCAGCUCUGUCUACCAUUCCUCGUGUCUUCAACACAGCCCGAGAUAGUGAUAGAGAUCUUACACAAGUUGCUGCCAUUUCGGGAAAGCUCCUACUGGUUGACCAAGGUGGAGCUGCUCCAGACGCUGGGUUGUCUGGACUUCACCUCCCUGGCCGUACUGGACUCACAGCUGCCAGAGGUGGUCCUCAGCGAGGUCAUCUUCAAACUGUUGGGAGAUGUCGACCACAGAGUGCGUGCUGCAGCGUGUCAGUGUUUGGUUCAGCUGGCCCCUAACCUGGACCCGAGACAGGACCGAGUGCUCUCCCUGGCCAAAUACCAUUCCUCAUCUCUCUUCCUCCACCUUCACUCCUCGGUACGACAGCUGUCACUAGCCAGCAUCGGGGACACCAUGGAGAAGCACUCCCCCAAACCACCCCUCGGACUAGAGCACCUCAUCUGGUUCCUAGUGGGCAAGAUCAGCUCUUCAAUUGAUGCCUCCCUACAACUGGGCUGUCUUGAAGCGCUGCACAGUCUGUGUGAGAGUUUCCCUCCUCCCUCGCUACCGGACGAGUGGGGUUGCACCACAACACCUUGUACCCUUCUAGACACUCUCCUGCAACUACUUAGGGCCUCCAAAAUAGCCUGGGGGGUUCAAGCUCACGGGGAUUUGUUAGAAGUGACGACAUCAGUGUUCCUCUCCUGUGCCCUCUCUCACCUACCCUCCUCGCCAACAAGGGACAAGUCCAGUGCCGGCUCCCCCAUUGCCCAGGCAACGCAACUACUGGGGCAUGUGGUCAAGCUCCUCUCUGUGUUUGUGCAUGUCAUAGAAGAGAGAGAACCAGAGAUCAGGGAGAAGAAACUUACCAAACCUCUUCUGUCUCCCAAGAAACCACUUGUCAGUGAUUCUCCAUCUCCCAGCAAGCCCAAAUCACAAUCAUUAGAUCUGUUUCAGAAACCUCCUCUGGCACCAAGGGAUGGUCUGGGCCAGUUUGCCACUCUACCUCAGUUUAUGAGGCUGUAUGAUGCCUGCAAGUCUGCGUACAGCAACUAUAAGCUGUCGCUGGGUUUGGUGGGAACAGACAAAUUCUCAAAACUUCUUCAGAAUUGUCACAACAGUUUGGCUGCUCUGCUGGAGAUGGCUACCACUGAAGAUGUUGGGAAGCAUGUUGAAGAGAUCCUUGGUUACAUAUCGUACACAGUCAAAGUGGACCCGGCUGGUGGUCUGCUCUGCGUACAGCAGUUUCUGAAUGCCCUGUUUGGCCUGAACAUAGCGGCCCAACACACUCAUCUCCAUUCCCCCUACAUAUCCUCUCUCCCCUACAACCUAGUCACUCUUAAAGGGUCCUCUGCAAAGUCGGUGUACGGUGUGACAGUUACCGAGCCCCUGGACCAGCUCUUCCCCUGGCUACACGGGGUGCAGUCAGACGGUGAGAGAGACAAGAAGAAAUUACCUGGCUUGCUUUUGGGGAAAAAAGCGUUGCUAGGGAAACCAGUCAAUUCUGUGUCUGCGAUCAAGGACUUUAUUGGCUACUUUGAGCCUCUCGUGGUGCACUCUCUGGCCCGGUUCUCCUCUACCAGCUCCAAUGUACUGCAGCAGAGGGUGCUCUUCCUACUCGUGCAGCUGCUUAACCUUAAAGUUCGCUAUGACCUGCUUGACUGCAACCACGCCUUCCUGGACUCAGUGCUCAAGCUCAUCAGUCUGAUGGAGAUGGGUGUGGUCAAGGGCGGGGAAACGAUAGUCCCACAUCUCUUCCAGUUCCUCGUGCUACUCGCCUACGACAACUCAAAGCUCAUGUCCAUACCAGAGGUGAUGCAGAAGUGUGACGGAGUGAUGGCGUCUGGUCACAAUGUUCUCACCUUUGCCAUUCCAGCACUGCAGCCGCUAGUGCUCAACCUGUUUGUGCGUCCUGCUAGAGAGAGCACUGAGCUGGAGAUACAGAGGGAGGUUGUGAUGAGCAUGUUGCUGCGUCUUGUGGAGCACUCCAAAGUGGUAUCUCUCCUCACUCACGUCCUCGACUGCUACAGGAAGAAGAAACUAAAAUGGGAGCAGGCCUCCAGACAGAUAUUUGCCGCCCUCUUGCCACAAAUCGGGAAGCUGCGAGUGACUCUGAACAGUAGCGGCUCUCUUGUGUCUUUGUACCAACUCCUCACAGCAAUGGACCCAUCCGUCAUCAGCAUUCAGGCUCUGUUCACUGCUAUUCUCAAGCCGAGGGGGCUGACUUGUGUCACGAGUCUGGUUCGUUGGCUGGGAGGUGUGUGCACUGUGUUGGAGCUGAUGGUCUCCUCGUGUCACGAGAAACUAGUCCUUCAGACUAUUAGUCCUUUGAGCUUCCAUGUUCCCUCAUUGAGCACCAGUCUGGCAAGUGUGGAGGUGGAGGAUGGAGAAGAGGUGUCACAUGAGCCGUCCCACAAGCUGGCAGUGUUCCUACAGGGAGCUCUCACUCUAGCUACCAGUGCCCUCAACCAACUACUAUCACAAAAAUCAGCAGAGGACCACAGCUUACUGUCUUUCCUGACAGUGAACUUGCUGCUCCUGCUACAAAAGCUAGUCACGGGUUCCUUUCCAUCUGUGCGUGGUGCGUUUGAGAGUUUGCCGGUUCCUGGUAUGCUUGAGAGGGCAGUGUCUGACCUGGCCACACCCUACCCCCUCCUCACACUCUCCUAUAUCAACUUCACUAUGGUUACUCACGGCAUCAAAGCUCCACUGCUGUUAGAAUUCCUGGUUGGCAAGGAGAGCACUGGGGUUAGCUCGAGGCAUCUUCUCCAACACACCACAUUGUUGCUCCUCAACAAGCACUGGACAGAGGGUCAGCUGACCUCUGACCCCCAGGUCUGUGCUGCUCUAGCCAAGUCCCCUGCCCUCUUACAUCACUGUCAAAAACCAGGAGUAAGGAAAUUCAUCAAGUUUGCACAGGAGGAGGCAGAGGUGCAGGAGUGCUUGGUGCGACUCAUCAAGAGCACUGACAUUAGUGGCAUACAGAACUGUGUGAAUGUGGUGCGACUGGUCUCGUCCAUUCCCUGUCUGGACACGUUCAAUUACCUUUGCUCUGUUGUCAUACCAACCACCACCACCUCACUGAGAAGAGCAGCAGAGAAAGUGGCGAUCGAGAUGCUCAAUAGUGGUGCACUGGAACUGGCAGUGGAGGACGUGAGGGCAGCCAUUGCUGAGCUAUCGUCUAACCGAGAAAUAUGCGGUGAUUUGCUGGCUAAACUAAAUGCACUCUCCACUGACCAGACACAGGAGGCUGACACACCAUCACUGCCCAUACCACCCAACCUGGAUAUGAAGGAUAUCAACAAGGAAUGGUAUAUUGAGAAGGUAAAGGGGUUCUGCCGAGUGCCAGGUGUGAGUGGUGACGUGUGUGCUGCACUGCUUAGCCCUCUGAAUGUGGAUGAUGUCACCAACAUCAUUGAGGAUCCUGACUUUCCUCUGGGUUUGUUGGAGGGCUGUAUAAUUCAUGGUGUGUUCCUGAGCCUGAACAAAGACAGCUUGGUGGCAUUUGAAGAGUCAAUGCAAAUGGAGCUGGCCCCAGUCAGUCCACAAACUGACCGUGUGCAACCUCUGUUACAGGUCAGUGUGAAGCGUGUCCUGAGUGCCCUUAAGGCCAAUUGUUUGGACCCAGUUCUAGUACCCCCAACUGUGAGACUGUUAGCUGCUAGACAUCAAAUCACACCUGAGCUCACGAUCGAUGAGGACACUUUCUCAGCCUUACAGGACUCCAGUUUAUCUGCUCUCUCCCUAGCUGCCAGUGGUACCAAUCUGCUGGCUCUGGGCUCAGCACUGGACUACUGUGCCUUGAUGUUGCAGAUUCCAAACGCUCACAGUGCUCUGUCAGAAAAUUGGAUAUGUCAAGUUGUGUCGGACUUAGCGAGAGUGUUUGCUCAAGCAUAUCCAGUUCUGAAAUCUAAAGUGGAAGAAUUGUCUGGUGAGAAAGAUAACACAAUAUCAGAAGUGGAAUUCUCCAGAGGACAGCUGGUGUCCAUGUUGACAAUUCUCCUGGAGACAGAGACUGAGCUGGCCACUCAUAGCCUGGGGGACAGUCUGAGACACCUCACCCUAGCCCUCUGUCGUCUCCCGCUCUUCCACGAGGCCGCCAUGACACCAGCUGCUCUCAAGGGAGACGAAAAGAUCAGCGUCAAGAUGCUAGACCAGGCACUCAUGGAGAGUGAGAUCUUGGUACAGUUCAUGCAGCGUUGCAACUUUGCUGGUUGGUUGAAUCGACUGCAAUUUGAGGAGAGGUGGAUGCAACUGCUGGGUGUGGUCAACCAGCCCCCACCGCAAGAGGGGGAAUUCCCUGAGGAGUACCACGCCUACACACUCAACGUCUGUGCAGGUGUUCAGGCGGUGACCUCAUUGUUAUUGAGCACCCUGUUGCGGCCUAACCUUGGUGACCCCACCUCCUCCGUCCCCAUGCAUACCCCUCGCAAUAUCGACCUACUCUUCCUCGGCACCAGACCUGGCCGGAGACUGUCCCUCGCGAGGAAAGUUCUCGAACAGAAGCUACUAUUGGGGUGUGGUCGCCGCUCCAGUCUCUUUGACUACUAUCAGAGUCCAGUUCAACGUCAGUUUGCGUCCCUGCACUACCCCGCCCUGUACAGUCACAACAUAGAGAGGGAGGCAUGCAGCACGGAGCUGGGUGUUGGUCAACUCUCCCUCACCUCACUCUGGCCGGUUAUGCUCAUCGAGGUUGGAACAAACAAUGUCUUUCAGUCUGACUCUGUGGAGGUGGACAUCAAGUCUUGCAUCAUCUCAGUGAUAGAACUGUACACCCACUGGCUGGCCAACCCCAUCCACACACUACAGCUACAGUACACCCUACAGUCUAUUAUCAUGCUCUCAGACCUCUUUGCUGUGUCCUCCCAGGUGGAGUGGAUGCUAGGGACACUGCUGGACAUGUACGAGUGCCACCCUCACGAGGACAUGACCUCUAUCUCUCUCAUCGUCCUCGGCAUACUCAAGGCGACGGCCAUCCUGAAACUGGGUGGACCUGAGUGUGAGAAGAUCGCCAAAAUUGUAGAGAAGUCUUUAGUACUAGAGUCUCCAGCAAUAGUACAGAGUGCUUGUGUACAUGGACUGCUCUAUGUGACUGAGGAUCCAAACAGUGCUCUAAUAGCUCUCGUGUGUCCUGCAGUCACCAAGUUUAUCUCAGGAUGCUUGCUGAGCUUUCAAAGGUACACUGAUCGUUUGUUGUCGGCAACCUGGUCACUUGCCGUAACCUUGGUACUGAAACACACCAAUCACAUAAAAGACCAGUCCUUCACAAGUGGCAUCCUAGAGCAAGUGUCAAUGAUCCUCCAUCAUUCUAACUCCUCCUCCUUCCUCUUUCACUGUAUCACACUCGGACUGGAGCUGCUCGUGCUUAACUUCUCUCUCUCAGCAGAGGACAGGCGGUCCGUGGCAAUACUGGCAGCUAACAGAUUUGUGAAGUCCGAGCAAGCCAAGUCCCUCUCUGCUCUGGCUCUACUUAUCACAUGCAUGUAUACAGGUGAGGCUGCGAAUGUUGCCAGUGUCCCUCAGACAGCGCCACGAGAAGUGGAGACCACCCUUCAAGCUAGGGAGCAGAUUAAUAACUUCAUGGAAAGACUGCGCCAUGGUCCUUACCCCGACAUCCAUUUCCUGGUGGACAUCCUGCCUGACCUUAUAGUGGACUUUCUCCCGGUAAUGGAGGUGCUACAAACUGUGGUCACUGACUUUGUGAGCCCUCACCAGACAAGACCAGAGCUGGCGGCGGCUGUGUUGAACAAGACAUUCCUACUGUUAAUGAAACGUGGUGAACAACCGCUACUGAUUGAUUGGGUCUUGCUGUCACUGGAGAGUUUCGUACAACAAGAGCCUGAAGGCAAAGCUGUUUGGAGUAUCACCUGUCUCCUAGCAUCAACAUGUACCAACGAGUACAUCCUCUCAUUGAGCAAAUUCCUGUGUCAUUGGACAAAACUUCCCAAGAUUGAAGCAAUGGGCCUUCUGUGUCUAGUGGCUCGAACUUUUUACUCUCAAUGCACUAAGGACAGUCAGCAAGAGCAGUUCUUAUCAAAGCUAAAAACCUCAAAAGACUUAACUUUAAGACGAAUAGCCGACUUUUGUGAACAGAGUUGAUGUUGACUUUAAAUAAUAGGUGUGUGUUUUGUAAACAGUGAUGUAAAGAGUAAGUCCCAUUACGAAAUGAUAGUGCACCAUGAGUAAUUACUGUUUGCAAA